AGAAGGAAACCGGAAGCGUCAUUUUUCCUCUUGCUGGCGCUAGCUAAAGCUGUGUUUUGGUGUCAUCGUCUUAUCGGUUUGGGGUUUGACAACAAAAACAACAGCCUUAUUUCGUGUCUAGCCACGAAUACCUAUUUUCACCGGAGUCUCUGGAGAGAUGAACAACAACGGGAAUAAGAGAGCUCCAACCACAGCCACUCAGCGACUUAAGCAAGAUUACCUCAGGAUAAAGAAAGACCCUGUGCCUUACAUCUGUGCAGAACCUCUCCCCUCCAACAUCCUAGAAUGGCACUAUGUGGUCCGAGGUCCUGAGAAAACUCCAUAUGAAGGAGGAUAUUACCAUGGAAAACUCAUAUUUCCUCGAGAAUUUCCAUUCAAACCACCAAGUAUCUAUAUGAUAACGCCAAACGGGAGGUUUAAGUGUAAUACAAGGUUAUGUUUGUCCAUCACAGACUUCCAUCCAGACACGUGGAACCCCGCGUGGUCCGUCUCCACCAUCCUCACAGGUCUGCUCAGCUUCAUGGUGGAGAAAGGCCCCACCCUCGGCAGCAUUGAGACCUCUGACUACACAAAAAGACAGCUUUCAGCCCAAAGCCUGACCUUCAACCUCAAGGAUAAAGUGUUCUGUGAGCUGUUUCCUGAUGUAGUCGAUGAGAUGAAGCAGAAACAGAAGGCCCAGGAGGAGUUAAGCGCCCGCACCCAGCCCCUCCCCUUACCCGAUGUGGUGCCUGACGGUGACCCUCAGCACGCCCACUACGGCCUCCCCGCCCUCAAUGGAGGUCCCAUUCCACUCGGUGGCGCCAACCCCGCCCCUGGCCUGCAGCAGGCCAAUCGCAACCAUGGACUUCUAGGUGGUGCUCUCGCCAACCUAUUUGUGAUUGUAGGCUUUGCGGCGUUCGCCUACACAGUCAAGUACGUGCUGAGAAGCAUAGCCCAGGAGUGAGAGGAGCCCGUGUUGUAGGGUGACUCUCCCCCCGCAGGCGAGCCAGCAAGUGGACUCCACAUUCGACAAACACACCACGUGGGGGAGGGAUGUUCAGUCCUGGGUUAAACCCUUCCACGACCACCACAACCACCACCAUGGACUUUGGAAGACGGAGGAGGAAGUGGGGGAGUGGCCGGGAGUGGCAGUAGGGCUGGGGGAUUGGAGGGGCUUAUUAAAACAGUUGUGACCCACUCUGUGCUUCAGUGGUUUAUGUCAGCAGUAGGAACAAACUUGGCUCAUGGGUAGAGGGAGGUCACAAUAACAUAAAGAUGCUAAAAGGCACCAUCUGUCCCCCUGCAUCAUGAGCAUUAAUGAUAAAAGCUUGUUUCUUAAUUAAAUAGGCCAUUUUCGUAGAAGGUGUUCCCCGUGCUCGUCCCUUCUCCAAAGUCAGUCUGCUCACAGACUCCUCGGGGCGUGACUGUUGAAAUGAUGCGCCAAAUGUUUUCAAAGUCGAGAGAAUUUGCAUUUGAAGCGUCUUCAACCGUUUUUAAUUUUAACAGCUGGCAUUGGAGUCAGUUUUACAUUCCAUGCCUUCGCUUUAAAUAGGCAGCCAGCUCCAGUUACCUGCAGCUGCAGCGUAAGAACCGGUUUCUCUACCUCCCAGGUAUCGAAAUUAAAAGUGUUUUUGAUUUUGUUUUCUAUGACCGUGUUGAUAAAAUAAAAAAACAAAACAAUCUUUCAUCAUACAGAAUCACAUGAUAGUUUCUGAAUUUUACACACGUACUCAAAAGACCACCUGACCAAUGUGUAACAUAAUCUUUCUCCCUAACCGUCAAAGAUUAAAAUGCCUUUUAAUCAGAGUCUAUAAGCUCAGUAGCAGUCGGUGACAAAGAAGGUGCACACAACAAACGGCAAAACAAAAGUCCCAAAACAUACGCUACAGCGUGAUACAGGUAGAACCUCAUACACUUGUCCGUACUUCUGUAUCUCAUCUGUAUUUUCUGUACCAAAGCUGACACCUGGUGAUGCAGAGCGAGUAGUGCAGAAUAUAGACGUCCGACAACAGUAUUGACAAGUGUAUUUAUAUCUGUAUUUCUCUUUUUAUAUAUACAUAAAAAGCACUAAACUUGGCAUGUCAGUUUGUGAAAGAGCUACUGAUCCGUGGUGGAAGUCUGAUGCGAGUCCAAACGUUCUCUCCUGUCAACCCAUGAGCCAAGCAGUGAACCUAGUCUGCACAGAAGUAAAUAGAGACCAGUACCUUUUAAAAAAAGAUUGGCUUAGCUGACCAGUUCUAGCACCAUUCUAUAUAGGUCCAACUAAAGAGACACAUGAAGAGAACCACCAUUUUGUUUCUGUAUAUUUACUUUUUGAUAAUUUUUUCUUUGUGUUCUUGUUCUCUUAUUUAUAGAAAUGGCCUUGGCUUGUCUGUCAUUGGUUCUAAGGAAACUUCUAGUGUGUGUUUGCCAAGUGUGGGCAAACACACACACACACACACACAGACAGGCCAUGGCCCAGGCUCACACAAUUGCUGAUAAUUUCCUGUUGUGCAUUGCAUUUAGUAAAGAUGGUUUUACUGUGUAUCUAAUGUUUCAACAGAUGAAUGGUUUGAAAGCGGAUUUGCCUUUCUAUUGCUCUUUUCUUGGCACCAUCUUUAAAAAAAAGAAGAAACUGAUGAUGAUGAUGAUGAUGAUGAUGAUGAUGAUGAUGAUGAUGAUGAUGAUGGGAGUGUUUGUGUGAUUAUACUGCAAAUGCCCAAAUUUCCUUGCUUCAGUUAAUCUUGUGUGACAUUGUAUGUUUUCAUAGUAAAUGCAAAUAAAUUACCCUGCUUGUCAGGGCAUUUUAGAAAAAC